GGGUAUUAUUUUUUGAUUGGUAGAUUCGAUACUUCAAACUAACCUUAUUAGUAUUACUACGAAGACAGAAUUGUAUUUGACGGUCUGACAUAUUGCAUAAAGUCAUGGAAUUUAGUGAUCUAAAUGGACAAAGUGUGAGUGCAAGGACUGGUGAAGGUGUAGUGAACUCUAGAACAAACAAGGCCUACGAGAAUACAUCAAUUAUAUCAGGAAAUAUCAUUCUGCAGAAUGAUUUAGACUCAGGAAUCUAUGAGACUCUUAGGCGAAGUGUUGCACCAAAUGAAGUAAUUCAUGGGCCUAGUAGUAUUACAGAUGAAACGGCCAUUACUGAAAAAGUACCUAUUAGAGUUGAAUUAAGAAAAUACUGUGGAAAAUAUUUUCAUUUAAUUCUUAUAGGAGCCUUGUAUAUAACGGUUUUUAUUGCUAUCAUUGUUUUUGCCACUACAAAAACAAAAGUGAAUGGAAACUGGACGGAAUGGUCGUUCUGGUCAAGCUGUGACGUCACAUGCCACAAGGGUGUCAAAAUGAGGAUCCGAAGUUGCACAAAUCCCUCUUCGUUAAAUGGUGGACUCAAAUGUGACGGAAAUAAUACGGAAAUAGUUGAUUGUCAAAAUGCCCCGUGUCUUGAUGGGGGAUGGUCAGUUUGGUCGAGAUGGGGUUCCUGUAGCAGCACUUGCGGUGGCGGUAUACGUUCCCGUAGUAGGACAUGUUCCAAUCCAAAACCGUCUCUGGUUGGACGUUUCUGUGAUGGCAAUCCAACGCAAACUUCUGCAUGCAGUCAAACUCAAUGCCCUGUCUCGAACGAUAUUUGGUCCAGAUGGUCAUCAUGGUCAGCAUGUUCAGCUCAAUGUGAAAAGAAAAGAACACGAGCUUGUUCGAAACGUAGCACACUAGGGAAAACCUGUACCGGAAACUCGAUGGAGAGGGUAAACUGCGAUCUAGUCUCGUGUUCAUUUAUACCGCUAUACAUUCGUCUUGCUGGAGGAAGUAGCGCCCGUAGAGGUCGUGUUGAAAUAUCACUAGACCGUCUGGCAUGGGGCACAGUGUGUAAUGAUUUGUUUACAACUGCAGGGGCACAGGUUGUUUGUAGAAUGCUAGGAUACCCUACAUCGCAUGCACGUAUCAUCAGUGUCUCUGCUGGGACAGGAACAAUAUACCUUGACAAUGUCAUCUGUACUGGAUUAGAGAGGAGUUUGGUGUUUUGCAAACAUAACAGUUGGGGCCAGAACAAUUGUCAUCAUCACGAAGACAUUGGUGUAUCCUGUUAGCUCAACUUUAUCAAUGUUAGACUGUGCUUAGAUUACUAAUAUAGGUACAAAUUAUAUGAAAGGAUCUUUUGACAGAUUUCAUUUGCAACCUAAAUUGAAUUAAGCAUAAUCACAUCCUAUAAACGACUGUACUCCCCCUCUUCCUCUUGCGAGUGAUCAAAACAAUAAACAGACACGCGAAAGGUAAGAAUUCGUCUUGAAAUUAAUGAUUUUGCUUUACACUGUAUGUGUAUUUAAGUUUAACGAUAAGUCUAACAUAAAUAUGUGUAUAUGGUGAUAUAAUAGAUGAAUCUGACAGGUAAUGUUUACAAAAUGCUGCCAAAAUGUUGACUGAUCACAUCUAUUACAUGAAAAUUCACACCACCAAGUCACGAAACUGAUGAAUAAUACGUCAAAUUGAUUUGUAAUCCAAUAAUCCAUGAUGUUUUCUGAAAUAAGUAUGCAUACUCCAUUAAUAUAUGUAAACAAGAUGUUUCAUAUCUGUUGCGUUAUUGAAUGAAAUUAAUUUUCAUCUAGUCGGUGAAAAAACAUUCACUGUAUGCCGACUUGCCAAUUUUGAUAUUUGAUCUGAACGCGUAUUUGCGAGUGACACUGUAUUCCAUCUUGCGAGUACAGUAGGCGAUUUAUGUCCUUUAAAGGCGUAAAUGAAAUAAAAAAAAUGCAUACAAAAUUGUCUCUUUUCAUCAGUCGUCAUGUAUAUAAUGUCAUUUAAUGUCGAACCCACAUGCUUGUACUUAUCCAUUGAUGGUGGGGGUGGAGGGUCUGUGACUCGCUAUCCUAAGUAUACACAGGGUCCCUACUAUGCCAUGCAAGAAAGUAACCUAUGGAAAUCACGCGUAGAAAUGUUACCUGACGAUUUCAAAAUAUCGAUGAGAUGGACAGGCGGGGACUAUAGGUUGACCCCCGUCUGUCUGCUCGUCUGCCAGCAAAAUGAUCCUCUGACUUUUUAAAAACUAUUGCACCCACAAGUAUCUUGCGAAUGGACGUAUAAAUAGAAAAUGAUAAAGAAAACAUUAUCGGAAAAGUCGAUUAAGUCCUUAUUAGUAAUUCAGAGUUUACUUCAUGGUAAAUCAGUCAACAAGAUUCAAAAGUAGUACUGGUAAAUCAGUCAACAAGAUUCAAAAGUAGUACAACUAUUUUGUCACGAAUAGCCUAAUGGCUUCACUACCCGAUUCCCCUUCCUCAGUAAUAAUAUAAACAUUUUAUCGUUACAAAUACCGUGCGCGAGUAGUACAGCCGCCGUGUUUACUACCUAUUCUGGCCAAGUUUCAUUAAGAUUGGGCCAAAUUGUGAUCUCUAGACUGUUAACAAAAUUUUCCUUUGAUUUGACCUGGUGAACUAGUUUUUGAGCCCAGAUGACCCAAUAUCAAACUCGUCGAAGAUUCUGUUGAGGGUAACAUUCUGACCAAGUUUCAUUAAGAUUGGACUAAAAGUGUGACCUCUACAGUGUUAACAGUCAAAUUGUUGACGACGGACGACGACGACGGGCGACGGACACAGGGUGAUCACAAAAGCUCACCUUGAGCACUUCUUGCUCAGUUGAGCUAAUAAACCCUCAUUAUUCCUCUAAUGGCAAUUCUGCUUGUAAAAUGGGGACUUAUUUCAUUCGCAAAUUUUUUUUUCAGUAAAAUAAGACAAGUUUCAUGUUAAAUUUCGUGUGUUUAUGGCAAAUACAAAGACAAAACUAAAAUAGAGCUGUUUACUGUGCGACGCUGUCAAGAAAGCAAUCUACAGAGAAUUAGUGGAUUCAAUCUGGUGCCGUUUUACUACAUAUUUUCACACCUUAUUAACUGUAGUUGUGAUGAUAUAUCGGUUUCAAUGGGAUGAAAUUCUAGAAAAAAUAGUCUUGUGUGCGACACAUCGUCUCAUUGUUGUCUCAUGAUGGUGAAUAUUUGUGCCAAGUUAUUUCAGAAUCCCUUAAUGCAUAAAGAAGUUAUGGCACGGACACGAAAAACAGACCCUGUUUCACCUUUAAGUGGCACUUUAAAAAGAAAAGGAAAAGAAUAAGACGGACAUUAACUACAUAUUGCCGAUGUUUGUGUGUAAAUUUUGAGAGAGGUAGGUGUAAUAGUAUCGAAGUAAUUGCACGACCAAAUUUAUGAGGACACAUAAUACACCGAACAGACAGACCGCAUGGUGACUGCUACAUACCACCCUCUUUCAAACUUUGUUUGCGGGUUAUAAUUAUGAAGAAAUACUACAGGAGCAUAGGAAACGCCGAGUCACUCGCAAACAGGCAUACAGUCUUUUUUACGAAACUCGCAAGCACUUGUACAGUACUAAUGCAAGCAUGCAUACAGUCAGGAAAUAACACCGAAUCUUCAUUCAUUGACGGUUAUAAACAAAUUGGAGAAUUAAUCAAUGAUUUUAUUUUAUUUUACCACAAUAGUAUUGUUUCUUUAUCCAUGAAACAGUGGAGUUUACAUGUAGGUCAUUCUUCAAGCAAGAAAAUAUGUACUUUUGACGCCGACAAUGUACAAUUUCUGGACAAAAUCAGUGAUCAAUCGAGUUUUUUUUUUUUUGCUAUAAUUCUAUCUGUAACCAGACUAACACAUUAUAUACAGAAACAAAUCAUGUUCAGCUUCCAAUAAAAUAUAAAUAUACAUACCUUCAAAAGCAAAUCAGUCACUUUAAAAUGGUGUCUUUCAACCUUUAGCUGUCAGUUUAUUGUUUUGAUCACUCGCAAGUGGAAGAUGGGGAGUACAGUCGUUUAUAAGGUGUGAUAAUGGUCGUUAGAAAUUUAGAAAUUACAUUAUAUCACAGAAUAUGUACCUUUGUGUUGCCAUUAAAAAUCAUUUGUAUUUGUUACAAUUAAAACAUUUAGUGAUUUAUAAAUUCGGACCUCACUGAAUAAAAAACUUCGCGUUAAUAUGACAUUGUAUAGAAAUGAAAGCCACUAAUUCGUGACAACACGAAACAGACAUUUGUUUUGAAACCACGAAAUUUCAUGCAAUCGGAAUUAUAUGAUAUGACAGUAUAACAUGUUUUUACAACCAUAAAUUGUAUUUACGCAUUUAGAAAUGUAAUGCAAUUUAUUGUUUGCCUAGGUAAAUUCGAACAGGAGACAAAAGAAGCACGCGGUUUGCUGACCAACGUUAAGACUAAGUACUGUCUGAUGGCAGUCUGCUUUAGA